AUGGGGAACAAGAAUGCCAAUUUUGGCACAGGAGGGCUGCAGGUGGAAGCGGAGAUCAACGACAAAGUUGAGAUCGAGUGCCCGAAGACUCCCAAUACCACGACGGGGCGCCAGUUUGCCGAAUACCUAAACUUCACACAGGUCUCAGAAGCUGGUUUCCACGCCUGCAGCACCAAUAGAAGCUACGGCACCGUCCGUAACCUGCUGACGUGUAACAGACCCUUUGAAGACAAUUCCUACAUACUCCUGUUCCAGCGUGACUCGCCCGUCCCUUUCAGCUUGACUUUCAUGCACAGUCGCACUUACUAUUUUAUAACAACCUCUGACGGCACAUUAGCGGGCUUACAACAGGUUAACAGCGGCCUGUGUGACACGCAUCACAUGAAAGUUAGAUUUUACAUCAGGCCUGAGGCUACAGAACCCUCUCCUACAGGCCAGACGCCGUCGAGAACACCCCCUCGGACUAGACCCCCCAACCGGACGACGCGGCCCACAACAAUACCCCCGACACAACCCAGGACGACUACUGUGACACAGGCAGUUACACAGAAGACAGAAUUCGUCACGGAGAAGCAAGUUGGAAAGACCCCAGAAGAUAAAAAUUCAAAUUCCCAGUUCUCGGACAACGCAAGCACCACGCUCAGACACUCGAGGGCGCUACUUCUGGCGGGAUUCUGCGCGGCCAUGCUGAGAUUGCUAACGAUGACGUGAUGAGGAGUGGAGUAAAAUGGGAAAAAA